AUGCGACUAGAGAAGCACAGAUGCAGCAGGAGCGACAGUGGCAAUGCCGUCAGUCAGUCAAUCAGUCGCCCUCGAGAGGGCCAGCCAGGGCUUUGGACUUUCCUGUCAAGGCGGAGUCCCAUGCCACCCACCAACCCUCGGAGGAGAGCCAAUCCGAGAGGCGGACAGCCUCAUUUUGAACUUCAAAGUAUAAGCGCAAUGACACAACAGGCAGACACAGGGAGAGAGACAGAGAAUAAGUUACUACGGAGUACUACUACUAUCUAUCUGUACACUCAUCAUCAGGUGGCUGAGUAA